GCGGGGUUUCACUCACACACUAAAUAUUCAAAAUGGCGGACAGAGGAUCAACGACUCAAGAUGAUCGCUCGACUGCAGAUUCCAGCCCAGCAGAUCUGAGUCACAGCGCCAUGGAGAGCCGAGGACUUCCAGCAGCUCCAGCCGAGGGUCCCGACACACACACGCCGGACACACACACGACGGAAACACACACGCCGGACACACAGACGCCGAGCGCACCGGCAGCGAGUGCCGUCAGCAACGCCCAGGCGCAGGCGCUGAUCCAGCAGGUGUUCCUGCAGCAGGCUCAGCUCAUGGCAGCUGCUGGUCAUCAGAGCAGUUCCAGUGGAGCCAGUAUCUCCGCCUCUGCAGCCACGCCCAUCACUCUGGCCCCGCCCAUUCAGAUCGCCUCAGGUUUGGCUCCUCAGGGCCUGAACCUGCAGCAGUUUGUGUUGGUUCCGUCGGGUCACUCCAUCAGUCCUCAGAUCCAGCCUCAGUUCAUCAUCUCUCCGUCUCCUCAGGGUCAGACUGGUCUCCUGCAAGCUCAGAAUAUUCUGACUCAACUACCUCAAAGCCAAGCGAGCCUCGUGCCGACCCAGACCAGCCUCACACUCACCACACAGGCGGCGACCCCGACGAGGAAGAUUGCGGCGAUGCCGUCUCCGGCGUGUCCCGGCCCGAAGCGUGUGGACGGCCCGUGUGUGGAGGAGGCCGGCGACCUCGAGGAGCUCGAGCAGUUCGCCAAGAGCUUCAAGCAGAGGCGUAUCAAGCUGGGCUUCACUCAGGGGGACGUGGGGCUGGCGAUGGGGAAGCUCUACGGAAACGACUUCAGCCAGACCACCAUCUCCAGAUUCGAGGCCUUGAACCUGAGCUUCAAGAACAUGUGCAAGCUCAAACCCCUGCUGGAGAAGUGGCUGACCGACGCCGAGAACAUGUCCGCCGACUGCGUGGUGUCGAGUGCGAGCGAGAUGUCUCCGGGUCUCUGCGAGAGUCUGAACCGGCGCCGCAAGAAGCGGACCAGCAUCGAGACCACCAUACGCCUGGCCUUAGAGAGGAGCUUUCUGGAGCAGAGCCAGAAGCCGUCGUCAGAGGAGAUCACACUGAUCGCAGAUCAGCUCAACAUGGAGAAGGAGGUGGUGCGAGUCUGGUUCUGUAACCGCAGACAGAAGGAGAAGCGGAUCAAUCCUCCCAGCAGCUGUAGCGGGUCACCAUCAGCCAUCAAAGCCAUCUACAGCAGCGCCAACACUGUGUCCAGCACGAACACGCUAACAGUGAAUUCUGUUGUUCCGCUGAACGCCAGCAACAUCUCCAACUUCACGCUCAGCGGUGGUGCUCUGGCUCAGGUGACGUCGCACACACCCUCGGUCAUCUCCAUGGCGCCCGUCGCUACGCCCGUGACAUCGUCGUCAUUGAGCCCGUCCGUCACCAGUGUGAAACAGGAGGCAGUCUCCACGGCAACCACGCAGGGGGCGGGGCAGUUCCUGGUGACGGGCACAGGAUAUAACCCGACGUUCAUAACGCCCUCGCAGCUGACGCAAGGUGGGACGCUGUUGAGUUUUUCUCCUGCUCUGGGAAACACACUGAUGAACAACAACACACUGGCCACCAUCCAGGCAGCUCUUGCGUCGGGCGGCGCUCUUCCUUUGACGUCCUUCGACGGAAACACUGGCCUCCUAUUCGCCAACACCAGUGCAGGAAGCCCCGCCCCCGGUCUGAUGACCACGCCCUUCUUCCUCAACCCCUCCGGCUUGUCUCUGCUGCCAGCCAAUCUCCUGUCGGGGGGCGGGGCAGGAGGCGGAGCUCUCAACCUGCAUGUGACCAGUGACGUGCAGCAGAGUCCGGUUGCCAUGACGACGAAGAGCGUGGCCUUGGCCUCGAAGGCCCAGUGAGCGCCGAACGCGAGUAACCCUGUCGCUAUUACCAAAAACUGGUCCGGCCGGUGCCGAGAGCAGGGCUGGCCGCGCGGGUCGGGUCCGCUGCAGGACGCCGCGCGGUCCGGAUGAACUUUAUUUUUGCAUUAAUUCUGAAACUAACGUCUAAAUUAACCAAAAAUGUGAGCGUUUUUCAUGACGGCAGAUUCUUCUCGAGAGAUUAUUUCAUGUAACAGAGUUUAUAUCGACUUUCUACGAGGGUGUCUGUUGGUUUUAUUUGCGGCUCUGAAACGGCCGAUUGUAGAUUUAUAACCAAAAGCAUUUGAGAUGUUUUAAGUUGCGCGUCGAUGACUUUUUAAACUAGUACUCUAACUCGACAUCACUUUAUAAAUACGGUUAGAAGGCUUUAACUAGUAAUAAAGAUCGCAGUGAGCACGGCGUCUCCUGUGAGAAAUGCAAUCCGUCACUCGUCUGUCUGAACUCUGACCCUGUGUGGCGGCAGAGGCGAGGUCAUCAAUAUUAAAUCUGUGUGUUCCACCUCA